UAUGAGUUUCUUCUAAAUGCACUAACUCCUGAAGGAAAGACUCGAAAAGAUGUUGGUGCUUUAAAAAUCCUUUGUGCUGGAGGAGUGGCAGGCAUGAUGAACUGGACUGUCGCUAUAGCUCCUGAUGUGUUGAAGUCUCGCUUACAAACAGCACCUGAGGGAAGUUAUCCUAAUGGCGUCAGAGAUGUGUUUAGACACAUGAUGCGCGAGGAAGGCCCUAAGGCACUAUUCAGAGGAUUAACACCAGUCAUGCUCAGAGCUUUCCCAGCAAAUGCGGCUUGCUUCCUUGGUUUUGAACUCGCUAUGAAAUUCUUCGACUGGAUUGCGCCAAACUGGUGAUCUGGAACCGAGCGGCUGUCAACACUGACUCGAUUUUGUUUCGCUGACAUUCUGUGUCCAUGGCAACGACGAUUUCCCGCGUAAAAGCCGUUCUACGAAGUUUUAUUUAGCCAUUGGAAAUCAACCAUCUGCAUGAAUUAACUUUUGACUUCAAUAUAAGCCUCUUGAACAUAAUACCAAAAACGUUGCUAGGGAACCUUCUAGACCCAAAAAUCAUGUCUUGGUGCAAGUACUGUAUACUACUGUGUAACUUAUAAGUCGUCAUUGGUCUCAGAUACAGUAUUUAUUGACUGUUUUAGACGUCCGUGGCCACUAAAGCAUAAUUCAAUGUGCCUUUGUUCACCGGUUGGACAGUGUGAAAUGGUUUUUCACGAUUGUUUGAAGUUUAAGUUGAAUGUCUAACAAUUAAAAAUAUGCAAGAAUCAAUUAAGCCAGAUAAAGGUUAACAAUUUGUUCUUCAGGUUACUUUCAGUUGAACGAUUUUAUUUUUUCCAAUGUCGUAUUUAUUGCGAUAAUUUAAUGGGCUCACUCUUUACUAUUUGUAAAACUAUGGCAUGUUUUUGGUAAGCAAGGUAAUAAUAUUUCAUUGCAGGGAUAUAUUUCAGUGCAGUGCGCACUUAUCAAAUGAAACAGAGUUUUUCAAUAAAAUGCUCCUGACAGUAGAAAAUUAA